UAGAUUACAUGCCAAAUAUCUCGAUAAGGAAAGCCGUUGCAUUGCUGAGGUUUUCUGAACAGAGGAUGUAUGAUACUUUACAUCACUCAUAGUACACACUUCCAUAAUAUUACUAUCUCAAUCGCUGACAAAGCUGCCCUCUCCGUGAUCCAAAGAUAUUAUUGGUGUCGAAGGUCAAUUUAUGGGUAUUUGAGCUUUGCUGCUACUGCCGGCCUACAACUCCUUCUUCCACUUGUUAAUCUGGUGGAGGUCGGUGACAAACUGGAAUAUCAACAUGAACAUUGUAGUGGCUCCACUAGUAUCGUCUCUCCCAACAUGAACUGAGCUAUUUGUAUACAACAUGAGGAUGAUCAUGAUGAUCACGAUCGCCACCAAUCACUAUCUACUGUAGGUCUCUUGUCGAGUUUUGCUGUCUUUGCCUGCCGACUAAUCCUCACACACACACCAGCCUCAAAGUCAGCAUUUCUUUCGUCCUUAUCGCGUCGUAUCGUAAGUUGUGAGUAAUAAGUGGAGAAACCUGAAGUUCGCUGCCUCGGCAUACAUGUGUCUAGUUCCCAGUCGAACUUGGACACACGCAUAUUCCACCAGGGAGGUUCGAAACGCUAUUGAAACCAAAACUUCACCAGCCUACAUAUUGCACGUAAGAUCAUGUCCGCAGUGACCGAUUCAUGUGCCGUGUGUGGGGAUCGGGCCACAAAAUUGCGAUAUAGUCAUUAUGGAGCCACGUCUUGCUUCUCUUGUCGUGCUUUCUACCGACGGGCCAUUGAAAAAGGCUCCUUCCGGAAUUAUGCUUGCUCUUUGGAAAAGUCUUGUGUGAUCACCACCAAAACGCGAAAGAAGUGUCCGUUCUGUCGCUUCGCCAAGUGCAAACGGGUCGGGAUGACUCAUUCCUCCGAGAAAGGUUCACGUGGGACGAGCUCCAAUACUUCUGAUCGUGUUCCACGCAGUCCAACUCGAGCCGCAAUUGAGCCCUUGGACGAGGAGAUCAAUGGCGUCCUGGCCACGCUUUCUCAGCGUCAACGAGCUUGAUGGCGCCCAGAUUGAGUGAGGCGUUUUCGGGGUUCUCUGAGGAAGAUGAGGCCAUGGUCCGGAAAUUGGUUGAUCUAGAUCGGAAUCACUCAUUCCACAUCGGAGAGUCCUUAUGUGACGCGUCCUUGACCGCAAUUAGGGCCUAUAUUGAUUCGGCGUACUCACAGACCCCUCUUGAUUUUACUGCCAUCUGUUGGGCAUAUACGAAGAGCAUCCGAAAAUUGACCCGUUUCGCUCAAAACAUUGACGAUUUCAAUACAUUGGAUGUGAAUGAUCGUAAGACCCUCCUGCUUGAGAACUUGGAUCCCAUGUUCAAUAUUCGUGUGGGACAUUUCUUCAGUUGUGAUGCCACAACCCUCCUUGAUCAAUUGGAAUGUCUCGCUGUUUUUGAUGUAUCAAACCUACAGAGCUACAUUGGUGGAUGGAUCCCCCAAGUGAAGCCCUUAGUUUGGAACCAAUUUUUCGUCACCCCAUGGGCCAAUUCAGUACAACAUGAGCGGAAAUUUGAGGGCUUAAUGUCAGACAUUAAGAGCUUAUCUCUGGACAAGCCCACUGCUACUAUCCUGACUGUGGUCUCGCUCCUGGACACGGAUGGAACCACCCUCAAGUUCCCGUUCCAAGUGACAGACAUACAAAAAAAGUACAUUGGGCUAUUGUAUCGCUACCUUUGUCACACGCGGAAUCGAAUCUGGACAGAGGAGAAGUUCCCAGAUUUUUUGAACAUGUUGAGCAACCUCAAAGAGAUGUCAGAUAUUAUGAAGAACAAAACUAUCAAGUGGUCCAUGGCCUGGCCGCAAAUCCAGAACUUUAUCGAUCUGAACGAGGAGGAGAUCGAUAAAAACUUUUUUGACCCACACUAGGACUUGACAAUAAAAAACCCACUACCGCAUUUUCAAUGAUAACUUGGGAGUUCGUCGCUUCUAAUACGAGUUUAUAUUUUUGACAUUUACUCUCCGAUUACAAGAACCACUGACGGAUGGCCAACAUUCUUCUCGGAUCAAAGGGGUGCAUUCAUUUGCCUUUGAGGAACUUGCGUGUCAUUCAUGAGUCUCACUCACGGACAUGAUCAAGAUGUAGAUGCUGGGUAUAUGAGAACAUGUUCGUGAUGAAUAUGUGGUACAAUAUUGGGCAGAUUUUCCGCAUUUACUGAGUAAAGGAAGGUUAUUGGAAGGCCAGUUUGUCGGGGCAAAGCAGCAAUCUCUUUUUUGAGCCUUUGUUGAACUACCUACCUAUAGAUCAUGCCUUUUCCUGCAAAAGUAGAUAGGGAAAAAAGAUUGUUGCCACACAAGACAAAAGAAUUGGCACGGCUGGCCAGUCACGUCGUUGCACCACCCCAAAUUCAGAAAGAUACCUACAUAGUACAUACUGUUAUGCUCCAUACCAUGAGGGGAAUAAUGCAAGUGUCCGACAACACCACCGGACAAUUUCAGAUUCAAAUAAAUGACUUGGAAAGAAAUUAAUUUUAUUUUGUUUUAGAAAGUUCUAAAGUUCCAGAUUAUUCAUCUUACAAUACAAGCACCA